AUGGCAAAUAACACGUUAAAAAGUCGAAACAGUCAAAAUAUUUCAUUAACGAACAAUAUCCCUGUGCAGAGUUCUACUGUAGCAUUACCAAGGUUAGAUAAUUUUGAUCCCAAAUGCCUUCAGCAAAUCUUAAAAAUUUCGUUCAUAUUUCCCCAGAAAGUUGGUCUGUAUUCGCUCAACGCAACUACGAGUACACUAGACGCGUCGAACUACGGGAAAAAAUGUCCUCAAAUGAAGGAGCUGCAAUUCGACAUCGAUUCGAGUGAAAACUGCCUGACCCUCAAUGUUUACACUCUUCAGGCCCCGGGUGGAAACUCGACAGGCCCAAUACCUGUCAUGGUCUUCAGUAGUGGCGGAGCACUACACGCAGACGCCUCAAUGUACAAACCAACCAUCCUCUUGGACUACAAUAACGUCAUUAUCGUGACGAUUCAGUAUCGUCUGGGAACUCUGGGUUUCUUUUCCAUGAAUAAUGCUGGUGCACGAAACGCUGCUUUGUCAGAUCUCAUACAAGCAUUGCGUUGGGUCAAGAAUAACAUAGGUUACUUAGGAGGCGACAAGAACAGAGUUACUAUCGUCGGCCAUGGACAAGGGGCACAGCUGUUCAGUACAUUGCUCUUCUACAAGAAUAUUCCUGGAGUGCCCCAGUCUCUUUUCCACGCAGCCAUCUUGCAAUCAGGUUCUGCCCUUGGCAGGUUAGCGGUAGACACCACGCCCGACUUUACUGGAUUUCAGAUUGCAGAGGCAACCUACUGCGCAAAUGCAACAAUGAAAAACAUCACGAAUAUUCUUGCGUGCAUGAAUGAGAAGGCUGUUCAAGAGAUUACCGUCAACCUUGAUUUAUUUCUAAGAAAAGAGCGUCAGUCUGGCAGGCCAGGCGUCAUGGGGACCAUUCCAAGCCUGCAAACAGGACCAACCAUCCCUUUCCAAAGUAGACUGCUCACUGACACCCCAGAAAAUAUCGCCAAGGACCCUAGCAAAUUGGUUAACGUCCCCGUCAUGAUGGGGGCCAACAAAAACGAGGGCUCCUACUUUUUUGGGGGUAUUUACUGGACGUUACUCAGAGACAAAUACGAGAAAGAAGAUUACUUAAGGAAUGAGAUGCUGGCUGACAUUCUGAAGAUGACAGGAAUUCCGGAGCCGACGAAAGACUUGGCCGAGUUGCUUAGAAAUGACUACGUUGGAGACGGUGAUGUAGCAGCGCUGAAUACAUCGUCCCCUGGAUUGAUUGAUUUAACUGGAGGCCUGUUCGUGAAAAACGAAGUCUGGAGAACGGCUCAGUUGAUGGCCUCUGUCAACAAAUCGUUCUUUUACGCCUUCGACUUCGACUCCACAGAUUCUCUCUUCGACACCUACUUCGAGUAUAUGAAGCCAAAGGCAGUGUUCGAACACGGUGUGACGCACGGAGACGAACUCAUGUAUCUCUUUGAUAUGCCUGAUGGCUUGACCUUCGAUAAAAAACAGAAUAUGACACGUGACCGUCUCGCAACUCUGUGGACCAACUUUGCCAUUUACCAUGAUCCCACACCAGACGAAAACGAAAAAUCCUGGGAUGAUCUGGGCAUCCCAAAAUGGGAGCCGUUGAGCGAAAACAAAAAUUACUUACUGAUAGAAGAUGACUGCAAAAUAGCGAACGAUUACAUGAUGAGGAGACACAUUGCCCAUCAACAACCGUUGCCGACUCAAGAGGAGUACGAUUUUGCAAGCCAGCAACGUCAGUCUUUCAUGGUCUGCAUGAUUCUCUUCCUACUGACUACUGUGGCUCUUGCGUUCCUUAUUUACGACAAGUUCUUCAAUAAUGAACGCCGUUCUGUGAAUUUCUAG